AAAAAACAGUCAUUGCUUUUUCGAAUAAGUCGCUGGACUUCAACGUCAGCCUUAUUGUAAAAUCGCAACCUCUCAUCUCAUUCACUCCAUCAAGCUUUAUUGUAGAAUCACAACCUCUCAUCUCAUUGGUUACACUUGUAUACGAUACAAUUUGUAUGAUUCCAGAUUGUCAUCCUCAUCAUAUCCAUACCUCAUAAGUAUAUCCACAUCCGGUUGUAUUGUGAUAGACAAUCACGAUCAAAAUUUUCAUUGUAUGAUUUGCCAGAAACUAUUAAACACGAAAUAAAGUAGAGAUAGAAACAACAAAGAAACAGGUUCGUCGCCCAGUGCUCAGGAGCUGCACCAGAACAAAAUGCUGAGUAAACGUUUCCCUGAUGGCGCAGCAGGAGCCAGCUCCUCGUCCAAAAAUAAGAAACAGCGCUCCGCCGCCGGCUACGUUGUUGCCUCGGUCGCCGCGGGAGCUACCGUUGCUGCUGCCCUCUUGUCCACCUCGCCCGGUAUCUUUGGUAUCGGCGCUGAGGCCGUUUCGGUCGUAGAAACUCCUGUUACAGAUAACUACGGCGAUCAUGACUGGGAAGUGGUUCGCGACCCCGGCUGGGAAAUGGUUCCCGAUCCCUACCGCAUGCCGGGUAACUUGCCGUACCUGGGCAAGCACGUGGUAGUGGUUAGUCCGGACAUGGAGGGUCUCCAAGCGGAAUUGGACAACAUUUUUAGCGAGAAUACCCCGCGUUUGCAGUGGCCGCAGGACGCGCAGUGGAAGUCCUGGAACUUUCCCGUGCAGAAUGACCCGCAAUACCACAGUGGGAUUCCGGGUCUCUUGCUGGAUGCCGGGUACCAGGUGGAGGGCGCUACCGAUCCGGCGGAGUGCGAGCCGGGAGCACGAUGGAAUCCGCCGCUGGCCUGCAGUAAGAUUUACAACAACCCAAACCAUCCAGGACAGCACCGGGGUCGGCACUUUGACCGCAGCGAACAGAGUCGCGUGCAAGUGUUCUUUCUCCCGGGCGAAUACAAAGACAUCACCAUUCGGCCGGGCUAUUACCACGCCUAUUCCGGUUUGGGCGAGGACAUUGCCGAUCCGAACCAGCGGGCCAGCAUCGCAAAGGUGCUCAUCACCAAUGGGAGCGAGCCGAACUACGGUGAGGGUGGCUUGAAUAAUUUUUGGCGAUCCGUGGAGAACUUCCACGUGACAGGAGACGUGACAGCGGCCGUGUCGCAGGCCGCGCCGUUGCGCCGUCUGUUGGUGGAUGGGAGCCUGAAGCUGGCUGCCAUGCUGAAACCCGAUGGGCGUGACGACCCUGACACGCCCACGAUGGGGCGGACCUCGGGCGGGCACAUGCAGGACGUGACCGUCAAGAACACCAUUCUUCUCGGGUCGCAGCAGCAAUUUUGCCUCGUCGACACGAAAGCCGAACAGUACACAGACGGUGCGUGGAGCUUUGUAGGCGUGAACGCCCAGGGGGAUAUCUCGAAGGUAUCGCAAAACGCGGCCAAGACGGUGAUUUCGCAAGACCAGAAGCCGGUCACCGCCUCCAAGCCUUUCCUGAUUGUGCGAAAGAAACCGGACGGCAGUGGUGACUUCGAGUACUGGCUCAAAGUUCCCGGAUUCACAAACCACCAGCGUCUUUUGUCCAACUCGGCGAAGAACGACGAUGCUUCCGUGCAGGAUGAGGUCUUCGGCCCGAUAACCGCGGCCCAAAACUCGCUCGUCUACAUUGCCUUCCCGAACGCGCCCGGCGCCUCGUACGACGAGCGGAAGAAGAGCACGGAUAAAAUCCGCAGCGCGCUGCAAAAGGGGCAGCACGUGCUGCUGACGCCGGGUAUCUACUCGCUGACAGACGCGUUGGAGUUCAAGAAGGACAUGGACGGCCAGGUCUUGCUCGGUCUUGGUUUUGUGACCCUCGAGGUGGAGCGCGAGACCGAAUCCGCCCCCGUGUUCCCGGCAAUCCGGGUACCCGGUUCGGCCACGCGCCCGAACAUUGCGGCCAUCACGCUGCAGCCGGGAAAGAACUCAGUUUUGAAGGACGCGGCUGGGAAGCCAAGCGUGUUGCUGCAUUUGGAACGAGUGGAGCGCAGCUACAAAGCCACGGACUAUGCCAUUCUGUCCGACGUUUUCACGCGCGUGGGAGGAGACAACAGUGUGAAGACAGACGGAAAUAACCGGGAGGUGGACACGAUGGUGCAAGUGGACCGGGACCAGGUGGUGAUGAUGGACUUGUGGCUCUGGCGCGCCGACCACGACGUGGACGGCCCGGUGGGCGAGGGCGACACGAAGGCCAACCGCGUGAACACGGCCAUCCGCGUGAACGGACGCAAAGUGGUGGCCUACGGGCUCGCGGCCGAGCACGUGAUGCAGAACCACGUGGAGUGGAACGGAGACGACGGCUUUGUGGCCUUCUACCAGUCCGAGCUGCCCUACGACUUCACGAAGGAUUGGGGCUUCUCGCCCAACCAAUACGACACGUCCCCCUCGGAAGACGGCUGGAGCUUGGUGCAAGCCAAGGCGCAGUACUACGGCUACAAGGUGACGGGCGAAAACCACCAGGCGCACGGCGUUGGCGUCUACAUGUAUCCGCGCGACAACGUGGUCACCGUCGCGGCAGGGUUUUCGGUGCCCGACUCGGCGACCAUCGAGAACGCGUUCACCGUAUUUUUAAACGGAAAGCUGGGCAGCAAAAUCUUGAACGUGAUCGAGAACAGCAAGAACUUGUGCCCUGGCAGCGACACGCCAGUUUCCGAUCCUAAGGCCGGAGCCCCGCGCUUCUGCCGAAAGCCGAAAAACGGCGAUCCGCAGCUACCGAACAAGCAAAGCCGGAAAAUCCCGAAAAAAUCUUCGAAGACGGUUAAAAAUACUUCGACAUCCAAGAAAUGGCAGCAGGCCGAGAACUGUCCCGGCAGCGAUCUUGAAGAGUUUAAGAAAUGCUGGUACCCGUGGACUAAGGAAUUUGGAGGCGACCCUACCGCUGGAACGGUGGACUACCCCGCCGGUUCCAGCCAGUACUAUUUCGACCAGUUGGUGACCAAAGAUGAGGGGGGCGCGGACGGGAAACCGCGGAUCAGCAUUGAUUUCCAUAAGGGGGCCAUCGACAACUCGAAAGCCACAUUCUGGGACCAGCGCCCUGCCAUCCGUAUGCACACGAAAAAGGCUUUCGGAGCGGGCUCCCUGUUUCUGGUUGACGUCGAGCAAAUUCCGGUUUUGGACGGUGCCUGGCCCGGCAUCUGGACUGCGCAUGCCGGGGGGGCGCCGGGCAUCUCGGGGUGGCCGGCCUCGGGCGAAUUCGAUAUGGUCGAACACGUCAAUGGCACCGGCAUGAAGGGCAUGCGAACCACCCUGCACACUCAAGCGGACGACCCGCAGCACACGUGUAUCAUGAAGAAAGAAGACAUGGGACCGAUGCAGGACGAAUUGGAUCUGCUUCAGAGCGGGAACCGCGUGGCAUCGAACAACUGCCAAGGGAGCGAUGGCUGCGGGGUGGACGCCGGGAGGGCCGGGAUCCCAAACGGCGUGUCGCUGAACAAGCAAAGAGGCGGCAUUCAGUUGAUGGCGCUGGAAGAAGAUCGAGCCGCCUUCUUCUGGAUUCCGCGCACGGACGCGGACCAAAUCACGCCUGCCCAGAAAGACGACGGCGCCUUUUGGGAAACAAAACUGAACUUGGAGUACCAAAAGAGUGACGACCCGAAUGUGGUGAAUGCCUACGCCAUCUUCUCUCUCGCGGACACGAAUUGUAGCGCGCGGCAGCUAUUCAAGUCGCAGACGCUGAUCCUCAAUACAACCUUUUGCGGAGUUUGGGCCGGAAAAGUGCUGUACCCUUCACAAACAGUUUGGGAAUCUUGGGAAUGGUGCAACAAGCUGGUUAGGGACGCUCAAUACGGGUUGCCGGAGCAAGUCGAUCCGAACACAGGAAAGCCUGUCUGGAAUGAUCCGAAGACGGGAAAGCCAAUCGCUGGCUUGGCCACCAAUUUCCUGUUUAACGACAUCAAGAUUUUUUCCAAGGACGGCCGGAGCACAAACUGGAAGGAGAACAUCCCCUUCAACAUGGUCAAAAAAGCGCGGAACCUCUUGCGGCGGGCCAAUAAGAACGUGGCGAGGGCUUCGGCAAAAGUCAAGAAAGCCAAAAGGUCGGCGCGGCGCUCGAACACGAAGGCUCGUCAGUUGAAAGUUCAGAAAGCCAAAGGGUCGCUGCGGCGCUCGAAGGCUCGUCGGUUACAAACUAAGAAAGCCAUUGAAACAACAAGGUCGCAGCUGCGCCAGGCCCAGCGCAGUCUCGAAGCUUUGCAGCUCAACCCCUAAGACGGCUUUGCUGUAUCUCUUCGAUUUCGUCCUUCGUUGAACCAUGGAGUAGAAGAAUUCCAGAUAUUUUUCUAUGAACUUUUACUUUAACCGAUCGCGUUUUUCGAGAUUUCUACACAGACGGACGAGAAACAUCUAGUAAGAACCUUGUUUGAUGGCAUUUGAUGCUGUAAAAUAUCACAGAGCUCUUGAAAUCAUUGUGGAUUUUCAUUCGUAAGAGAACUGGUCCUCUUCCAAUACUAAUUACGAUUGAGUACGCAUGAUUCUCGAGCGCAAUGUGAACGGAAUUCGAGGUGACAUGGCCACGGUCCAUAUUUACACGAUUAGAACGAACCAAGCCAGCGGGGACCGAAGAAGUGGUCAUGACUCCUUGGUGCUUUGUAAAGAGGCUACUUACUUAUGACGAGGCAACUCCUCUCCUCAAGUAGUUUCGAUGUUAGCGGUGUAAGCACAACUAGGAGUACAAAUACAAUGACAAAGGUAGCGUUUUGAUUUGAACGAAGAAUGCUAAGCAUACAUGAACACUCAACGCCGUUGAAUGUUCAAACCUCGUACACCGUUACGGUGUACGAGGUUCUAUCUGACAGGGACGUGGUCAAUCUAUUUUUAUCAUGGGGGAAGAUGCCAUCUUAGAUGGGGGGCGGAGGUGCACGAAAAGCCUAAACCCGUCCUUGCAGAAGUGUUAUUUUCGUGGGCAACUACUCACAUUCGUGUACAAUUUAUUCCAGAAUUAUAAUCACCAACGAACGAAGAAACUCUUUGCAACCAAGACGCCUGUCUCCAUCGCUGGGAUGAACACAAAAAGCAAGAGCUCUCUAGCAAACAUCUGCGAACCAUUUAUUUGAUUUACCGAUUGGCUUUUACUUCUUCUUUCAGUUCUUUAUCUUUAUCUUUCUGAAAAUUCUACUACCGAGUCGACGGCGCCGGGUGCCAUCAUCUCGUUCGGAGUAUAUUUUCAUUUGCAGCAGGACUAGGUAGAAGUAACGGAAAGAAGAGUUUUCAGCUGGUUUUUAUUUGCUUCUUAUGGAAGAUGAAGUCGCGGAUCACAAGUCGAUCUACACCAUGCUAAAUGCAGGAAGACGGUACUGUAGUUGGACUCUGAGUGCUACUUUAUGGAAAGGCAAAGAUUUCAUGCAAAAAAUGAAAACAGCGUCAGCCAUUGCAGUGACUGCACCUGGAUUAUCCUCUGCACUGCAGCUGCUGCCAG